ACAAGACUAGAUCUCAGAUCACUGAUCUGUGAUUUAGUAAAACAAACAAAGAAUUACUCCAAAUUACUCUUAUUUUUUAUUACAAAACACGGGUACAAAAAAUAAAAAUCCACAAAGGUAACGCUAUUAAUUAAAAAUAAGAAGAUAUUAAAUAAGAACAAGAACUAAACCUUAAAAAUGUAAAUAGUGAUAUAAACAAUCUGAUAGUGAUUUAAGGACAGUUUACAAAAUUUAGUAAACUUAUCAUGAAUUCCUGGGGUAACGAAUAUGGGGUGCGGAAUCAGUUUAAUAUGCCGUCUACGACACCAAUCUUGCCAAAUAUGGUAUCACCACUUGUUCCACCAAUGAGUAUGAUAUCAGAAAUUGCACAGUUUAACCAAAAUCCUCCUUCAGAGAUAGUAAUCGGACCCGUUAUAUCUGACACUACCAGUAACAAUUCUAACGACGUCCAAAUUGUGGAAGACACUCUAGAAGAAAAGAGAGCACAAUCAAUAGAAGAUUCUCCUGAAUCAGGAAGAAAUCACAGAUCAAGAUAUAGCAGAAGAGAUCGUUAUAGAGAUCGUUCACGACGACGGUCGAGGUCUCGUGAUAGGUAUUCUAGAAGGGAUAGGAGCAAAAGCAGAAGUCGUGAUCGUAGCAAUAGACAUAGCUCAAGAAAUGAGAGGAAACAUGAUAGAUCAUCAAAGUGGGAGAAAAAUGAUGACAAUCAAGUAAUUGCUAUGAAUAACUUACAAAUGAUGACAGGUAUGAUGCCAGUGAUGAUGAAUCAUAAUAUGAUGACCCUCAAUAUGAUGGGGCAACAACAGCCAAUUGACAUAGGUAAUAUGCCUAAUAGGAAUCUGAUGCCAAUGAUGCCUGAUAUGAAUAUGAUUCCAAACAUCAUGGAGUCCAACAUGAUGAUGAGUCAACAAAUGAGAAACCAGCCAGUGGUCUUUUCUACUGGAGUACUGUUACCGCCUAUACCUGGCAUAUCAUUACCAAAUAGAAGAGAGAAACCCCUCGGUUGUCGUAGUAUAUUUGUUGGUGGAUUGCCUAAUGGGAUCAGUGAAAAUAAUAUCACUGAAAUAUUUCAAAGAUUCGGCCUCAUCAACAAUGUUAAAUUGCAUCGGCAGGGAGUAUGCCACGUGCGGUUCAAUAAUCACCAGAGCGUGGAGCAGUCUUUCUUACUGUCAGGAUACAGGUUCAAACUUCAUGAGCAAACUGAAAAAGAAGCUACUACAAUUUUCGUCGAUUAUGCAUUGAAUCGCGAUGACCAAGAUGAGUAUGAGAAAAAUAAAUACCGACGUCGUCCCACACCUCCACGUAUUGAACCAUUUACUCCGGCGAGCCUUAACAAAAUAACAGAAAAGAUUAAAAACGACGAGGAUUUCUAUGAAGUUGCGCCUACAUUACUUUGGUGGCUGGAUCAUGGAGAAUGUACUAAAAAGUAUGCGAACACAUUUUACUCCUUAAUACAAGCUGCAAAUAAUCAAGUACGCAGAUUGUUUAAUGACAAGAUGCAAGUGGAUGAAGAGUUUCACACUGUGAAGAAUACAGUAAAAGAAAAAUAUUUGAAUAUCAUUUCACAAUUCGAGCAGGUCGCAAAGAUUCUGACUGCGGCGAAACAUCAGCGUGUGUCCGAUCUCUUGACGAAACAGCAGCGACGCAACAUAGACAUGUGGGUGAAAAUGACUGAGGAGGUCGAUAAUAUAAAGGAAGAAUAUGAUCUCUACUUCGAAGAUGAAGAAAUCGAAAAAGUUGGCAACAACGUUGUACCUUUAGAGAAGUACGAAGCGUUAAAGAAAGAGAACGAAAAUUUGAUUUUCGAAUUGGAAGGGUACAAGAAUGAAGCGCAUCUCGCUAAAGAUGAGGCUGAGAGAAAGUUCGAGAAGUUCAAAGCGCACUUCAUCGCUCAGCAAGCCCUUCAGAAUCCGAAACAGGUGUAUCCGCCGCUCCCGCCACCGCCAAUGCCGCCAAUCAUCGAAUCUAUCAACGUACCGAAACCUGAGCCUCCUCCUCCAACGCCAGAUGACAUAAAACUAUCGUACUCUGAUGCCAAACUCAUCAGUGUGCUAACAGCCUUCCUGUUAGUGCAUCCUCUGGGCGCAACGUUGGAUUAUAUAGUGUCAUAUGUGAGGUCUAUGAUACCAGGAGUCACUCAUGACGCAGUGAAUUCAGUUUUGCAAAAUUAUACUGAUAUCUUUCGGCGGAAGACUACCGGUGUUGGCUCUAAUAUUGAACACAAGUGGGAAUACGUUACAUUCGACGCUAUCAAAAUGAGCGUAUAAUUAAUGAUUGCUAUUGUAUUAUGAAUUUCGUAUUUUUAAUAAGAAUAUAUUUUUAUAAAAUGGUCUAAUUAUACCUUCGUGC